CAUCGUUCACAGUCGUCAUCCCGUGAAUCGAGUCUUACGGGAGACCGUCCUACUUUUCAUCUCGUUGGUUUGGACCAAAGACUGUCGAGAGAGUUGUGCGCUGCCCACUGUUCACCGGGCAGUUUUGUUCCGGCUAACUUGGUCUGGGUUUCAUCAUGCCGUCGAGUUCCAAUCACCAAACGCAUCACCGCGAGGCAUCUCCACCUCACAAGCACCAUCGAGUGCACGAUAUGCUGGCCGCCCUCUCCUUCGAACAGAUCUUUCACCAUCAUCCUCACGAUCACGGUCGUCCCCAUGGAUGGAACAAUCCACACAAUUCUCAACAUUCGAACGAUAGUGAAGCGCUACAAACCACGGCUCCGGAGAGCGAAUCUUCCCGUCGCACUCUUCCUUCCAAACAUGCUCUAACUAAACUUGGCUCCAAAAGAACCAAGCGACGCUCCUCGGCGCACCUUCAAGUCAAUCACAUGAUGCACGGCACAUUGGAUCCGGAAGGGCACGUCGAAGAUGUAUUCUUCGACGCCCUACAGUUUGGUGAUCAUCCCGAUAACCCGGAUGAAUUCAAGGUUGUUCAUCUUCGUGAAUCCAUUACGAUUCCUAGUAUUCUCGUAGAUGCGGAUGCCAUCGAAGCCUACAUCCAGCAUAAUUACCAGAAUGAUUCGUCGCUGCACGAAGACGGAGAUACGUCCGAAUCCGUCUCGCCACUUUCACCAUAUCCAACUGUCAUCAACGAUCGAACAACCGAAAGCGGGUGGUCAAGGCCCUCAGCGCCCCCGCCCCCGCCCGACGAACUCCCUCUUCGAUUUUUGCGGGCCGGCAAGGGCGACGUGGCCGAAGGGCUACGGCGCUACCACGCCACCUUGCAAUGGCGAGCCAACCUGGGUAUGGAUACAAUACUUCGCGAACCUAACGAGGACUUUGAUUUGAUCAAAUCACAUUACCCCGCCUUUUAUCACGGGCGCGCCAAAUCCGGUCAACCCGUCUUUUUCGAGUGUCCUCCCCGGACUAAUCUCAAAGCACUCCGCCGAGGUGGCGUAAGCUUGGAAAAACUCUUACGGUACUACGCCAUGCUGACCGAGUUUGGUUGGCAGUACGUGGAACGGGAUGACUUGGCGCGGAGUGUGUAUGUGAUUGAUUUGCAAGGGAUGCGGCUCGGCGAUUUUGUCGGGGAAGUCAUUGAUUUCGUGAAAAAAGCGUCGGCCUUUACUUCGCAACACUAUCCAGAACGGGCGGGCUACGUUAUGGUCAUAAACGUACCUUCGUGGUUCAAGCUUAUUUGGAAUGUCGUUAAAUCGUUUGUGGAUGAAGUCACGUUAGACAAAAUUUCCAUUUUAAGGGGAUCCGCCGAGAUUCAAGCUCGCAUGCGGGAACUCAUUUCGGUCGAAAACAUUCCGUCCGAGUACGGUGGUAUCAGCACGACGCCCUUGGGAGAAUCCAAGGAAGAACAUCUCUUACGAGAUUUGAUCCGACACAACAACGCCUUGGCCAAAGUAGCCAAAGGUGAGGAGUAUACAGUAUGCAACGGUGCCCACGGCAAUCCGCCUUGUCGCUUUUGUAGUUGGGUACCGGCUCGAAGCUACUAG